GUGAAUGAGCAGACAGGAUGAGCAGUACCAGCUCUUCCAGCAGCAGCAGUUCCCCUUCAUCGCGGCCCUGGAGCGCUGCAGGGAGAACGCCCACGACGAGAUCCGGCCCAUCUGCAGCAUCGGGCAGGUGCAGAGCUACGUGGAGCACUAGUGCAGCAACUGCACAGACCGGCCCACCCUGCUCACGUUCCUGGACAUCUGCACAGAGCUCGGCCAGCUGUGCCAGCACUUCGAGGCGCUGCACUCGGGCACCCCCGUCACCGACAACCUCCUCGAGAAAUGCAAGACCCUCGUGAGCCAAAGCAACGACUUAAGCAGCCCGCGAGCAAAGUGCCCUCCCGACGUGGCGAACUAGGUCAGCUGCCACGAGGCCAGGAACCACUGCGGAGGCGUGGCCAGCCUCAUCCCCACCGUCCUAGACGUGAUGAAAGAACGGCUCGCCCACUCGGAGAAGCCGCCCCGCAAAGCGCUGCAGCACGUGAGGGGCGACGUAGCUUCUGUAUUCUUGCUUCCUCGGGGGCGACAGUCAAGAGUAAAAAGUGUUCUGCCACCUCUUUGCCUGGCCCGGUUUCCUGGGACUUAUCCCUUAAAGAAAACGACAUUCACCCUAAGACCCCAGACGACGCUGGGCAGGCAGCUGGGCAGAAGCGAGCAGUGGAAAACCACACUGCAGACGUAG